UUUCCGGUGCGCACGCAACAGGCGCCUGCGGGGCCGAAUAGCCAACCGGCGCCUGGAGCUCAGGGCAAAUGACUCCCCUCCGCCCUCGCCACGUGCUCUUCCACCGUCUGCUACCGUCUUUGCUCCGAUCAGUGGGUAAAGACGCGCCCAGCGCACGGACCAGAGCAGAGGCAGCGGCCCUCCACGGGCCAGGCUGGCCCCCCGACCCCGCCCGCGCCCCCCCGGGGACCGCGCCGCCGGGCGACGCCGGCGCUGUCCAGCGCUCGCAGCCUGAGCAGAGGAUGUCGCAGCGCUACAAGCGGCCCCGGCCUGCAGAGGAGGACGGCGCGCGUCUUCGCUUCGUCCGCCUCUCGGAGCACGCCACCGCCCCGACCAGGGGGUCCGCGCGGGCGGCCGGCUACGACCUGUACAGUGCCUAUGAUUACACAGUGCCACCUAUGGAGAAAGCCCUUGUGAAAACCGACAUUCAGAUCGCUCUGCCUGCUGGGUGCUAUGGAAGAGUGGCUCCACGUUCUGGCUUGGCUGCAAAACACUUCAUAGAUGUAGGAGCCGGUGUCAUAGAUGAAGAUUAUAGAGGAAAUAUUGGUGUUGUACUGUUCAAUUUUGGCAAAGAAAAGUUUGAAGUUAAAAAAGGUGACCGCAUUGCACAGCUCAUUUGUGAACGGAUUUAUUACCCAGAAAUAGAGGAAGUUCAAGGUUUGGACGACACCGAGCGGGGCGCCGGGGGCUUCGGGUCCACUGGGAAGAACUGAAAUGUGUGCCGGCGACAGGAAAUGAAAAAACGCUUUUUUCCUAAAAAGAAGAAGGAUUUGUUUGUUUGUUUGUUUGUUUUGGUGUUUACUAGCUUUAGCUGCUAAAAAUACUUAGUUCUUUUGUGAGCUAGGAAAGGUAUGUUUUUCUGCAUUUGAUUACUAUAUAAAUCUACAUGGUAACCAAACAGUUUAUUUUUUUAGUCACAUGUACAUCAGGUACUGAUUCACUUCAGAGCUCUUUAAUUUCCUAAACCCUGCCCCUCGAAUAAGGUGUUUGCUUUAUAAAUGUUAUGCAAAGCCUUUUAUUCAGUAGAUACAGAUUAUUACAUAAACUGAAAUAAAAAGCAAUAAAAAGUUA